AUGGACCCCUACAGCAACCCCAUCGCCGUGGUGGAGGACCCCUACAUCAGAGGCUUGUCCUACGCCUUGGUGCAUGGAAUGUACAUCAAGCUCCUGCUUUGGCCGGUCUUCUUGUGCUACGACUACUCCAUGGAUGCUGUGCCACUGGUGGAAUCUUUGCAGGACGCGAGACUGCUGCUGCCCUGCGCAGCAUACCUGGGCUUCGUGUUGUGCGGAUGUCACACGCUGCAACGCCUGACCGUGCGCGGCGCGCACAGCGCGAAGGGCGCCGUGCUGGGCCUGGCGAUCUUCGUCUUGAGCUUUUUGCCCAUGACGAACCUGCUCUUCCCCAUCGGCACCUUAGUGGCUGAGCGGCUGCUGUAUUUGCCCUCCAUCGGUUUUCUGGUCGUCCUUGUGUGCUUCGCCUACGACUGGGCUCGAGGUCCUGUCCGCUGGUUGGCUUUCCUGUUGGCCGGCAUGCUGCUCGCGUGGUGGUGGUGGCUAUGCCACGCACGGGUCGGGGAUUGGAGGACUGUGGAGCAGAUCACUCUGGUGGACGGCUUGAAGCAACUGAGGUCCUCCAGGACGCAGUUCAACCUGGCCAACCUCUAUUUGCAGUCGCAACGUAUGGACGAGGCCUUAGCCGCCUAUCGCCGCGCGGUGGCCGCAGAUCCGCAGGAGCGCGAUUCGCAGCCGCUCUACCAUGCGGGGCAAAUCCUGAUGUACAAAGGGCACUACCAGGAGGCGGAGACCCUUCUCCACAAGGCGGUCACCGGCUACUUCAGCCCGCUGACCUUGCACGAGGAGGAGGUCUGGCACGACUAUGCGUUGGCCUUGUGGCACGUGGGGAAGCACAUGGAAGCGGCGGAGAACUUCCAGAACGCCAUCAUCACGAACCCCAGCUUUCCCAAAGGGCAUAACAACCUGGCAUGUGCACUGGUCCUUUUGGGGCUCUCCAGCCAACCGGUGAACAUGCCACUGGUGCAACAAGGGCUUCAAGCCGCAGAACACGCGAUCACCUUGGCUCCUCUGGUGCCGCUCUACUGGCGCAACGCCGCGGUGCUCCUGUCGCUCGCCGGCGACCUCGCCGCGGCACAGGGCGCCUGGGAGCGCUUCCGGCAGAUGGAUGCGCCCACAGCGGCGCGGGAGGAGGUGCAGGGCAUACCCCGAGAUUGCACCUGGGAGUUCUAUUUCCGCUGA